UCUUAUUACGUUCCAGGUUUUUCCUAGCUGUUGUUCAACAGUGCAAGUGGUCUGCCUGGAUUAAUUCGCAGUUAAUUUUUAUUUUGUCAAUGUGAAUUUUUUGCGAACGAUUUUACAGUGCUAAUUAUUAUCUAGCUUAUAUAAUUUGCGGCACCAGUUAAUUAUUCCGUAGACGUUCGACAUCCGGCGGAAAUCGAUCGUAAGAAACCGUGUUUUCAUUCAGCAUGACGCGCCAGAAGAUCACCUUUGUCACCGGCAACAAGCAGAAACUGGAUGAGUUCAAGAAAUGCCUCGGCGAGGACGUCGAGAAGCACUUUGACAUCAGCAGUAAAGACGUGGAUCUGCCGGAAUACCAGGGCGAGCCGGCGGAAGUGGCGCGCAAGAAAUGCCUGGAAGCGGCGCGCCAGGUGCACGGCGCGGUGAUCUGCGAGGACACCUCCCUGUGUUUCCGUGCCCUGAACGGCCUGCCGGGCCCGUACGUCAAGUGGUUCGUGGAGAAGAUCAAACCGGCCGGCCUGGUCACGCUGCUGGCCGGGCACGCCGAUAAAUCGGCGUUUGUCCUCAGUGUCUUCGCCUACUGCGGCGAGGACGGCCAGAAGGUGGAGCUCUUCGAGGGCCGCAAGGACGGCCGCAUCGUCGCCGUGCGGGGCCAGGAGGGCGACGGCUUCGAGGCCAUCUUCCAGCCGGAGGGCGAGGAGCUGACUUACGCCGAGAUGAGCAAGGACAAGAAGACCGACAUCUCCGAACGCAGCCAGUCCCUGCACAAGCUGCAGCAGUUCCUCAUGGACAGCGUCAAAUGAGUGCCCUUUUGUUGGGAUUUUUAUUACUUUUCUCCCAAAUAAAUGACGAUGGUUCCUUGGUUUUCCUAUGUUUUCUAGAAAACGGCAAUUGUACCAGAUUUUCUUCUGUUAAACUGUAAAAUACAAACUUUUGCAGAAUAAUAAAAUUGAGAGAUAAAAAAAGAGUCGGGAUAAAAUGUGUCAUCGG